AUGGCCGAUUCUCAAUUCCCCAAUGGGUCAAAGCCUCAGAAUCCCACCGCACAAAGGUUGGGAGAAGUUAUUUCAGCAUGGCUUCCUAGUACCCCCACGGGGCUUUACGAUCAAUAUUUGCAAACGCUCUCUCCCGCUUAUGAUCAUUUGUUGACAUAUUCCCGAUACGACCGGAUCUGGCGUUUUUCUGAACAUACCCCUCAUAGCCUGUCGUACCAUUCUGAGAUUUCUCUUAUGUCCUCUCCCGUGAUAGUGAUGGAUAUCGGCGAGAACGAUCGAGUUACGGAUCAUAGCCACUAUGAUGGAACGGACCCUGAAUCCAUGAGAGAGCUAGAAUCACAUCUUUCCAACGCGGAUACCGAUUCCGAAGAUCGCCAGCGCUUUCGCAUUAUCUGUGCACAACAUAUCACUUGCUUGAGCAUGGAGGCGUUGGGCACCGGGCUUUCUUUAGACCCUAAUGUCUUCAGCCACCAUAUCGGGACAUCAUUCAAGGACAUUGAAAAGAGCACGGGUAUCUAUAAGCUCUGCAACACAAAGAUCGAACAGAUCCCUUCAUCUGUUGGUACCUUUGAGUACGAGAAAAAUCUACAAAUCCUCAAAGGGCACCUAGGGCGACUUUCCAUUGCCAAUGUGGAGCAUGCAAAAGAUCUCACGACUCGGGACUCGAUUGUCAAGUCUAUCUACCAUCUUCAAGGUCAACCAAUCACAUUUUCUGUGGAUGUACCACGAACGAUAUAUGUGCAAGGAUAUCAAUCCGAGGACGACAGAACACAGACUACUGGAAGAAGCCUACGUGCAAGAGUGUUGGCGCUACAAGACCGAGUGUUGAACCGUCGCAUUGCUCGGGAGCGAUUUGUGGAUGAUAGUAUGUUCUGCGACCAAGGGGAACGAUAUUCACAAAACGGCCUGGACAUUCUACAGAACAUUACCAUUCAUGUCAUAAACGACAGUCUCAAUCCCGAACUUCAACAAGUCUUGGUUUUAUUUCCACCCUGUCCGAACCUUGAUGGAGACAAUACAGACAACGAUCCUCAUGUUUUUCUUGAUCCUCUGACCAAGCAAGAAAUUACCAAAUCAUUCAAGGAUUUCUGUCGAAAUCGGGAGAAAAAGGACCAUGCACCCGCUGAAGGAUCUACGGCAUCUCGACGGGCUACGUCUCAAGAUGUUGAAAUCUUUGCCAAAGAUAUUGUCAUUGGGAAUCAACCCGGUACACCCAGAAACCCAGCAGAGACUAUCCACCUUAUACGAUCUUAUGCUUUAAAUGCGUGGUUUGAUCGUCUGCAGACAUUGAAAGACCAGCUUGAAGACCUCAGUCUUCAAAGCUUAUUCCAUCGAGGCACGACACACAAUGAAGAUCCACAGGAUUCAGAUGAGGAAAACCACACAGUCGAUGGACUGAUCGAUGAAGAAGGGAUAAAAAGUGCUAUUCUUCGCUAUAUCUCGUCAUUGGAUGGUGAAUGCCAGCGGUUGAAACUUGAUUUGCGGGCGGCGAAAAUAGGAUCCUCCACCAAGGGUCUCGACUCUGUUCGAACAUUAGAUGAGACGAUGGAGAAGUACAUCUACAUACGAUCGCAGAUGGGCAAUCUUCUCUCUGAAACCCAGCAUUUACUCGAUAUGAAGAACAGCAAGAAACAAGAAGCGUUAGCAACUCGCCAAACCAAAGAAAGCAGAGAAUUCAUUGAACAGGCAACAACAGUGAAGAGGUAUGAUAUCAGGCUAUCUUGA